UAUUAAUGUAAGCAAAUAUGCCAGGUGGAAAUGGACAUCUCAAGCCUAGUUUAAAAUUAAAUUAGAUUGUCUAUCUUGGUGCUCACAAUGCCCCUAUGUCCAAGUGUUACGGAUGGGUAUAUGCCUAACAAAACGUAACAAUAACCGAAUAGUAUGAAACUUAUGGUGCAAGGCAUUUUAAAAUUCCAUUGCAUUGGCACAUCUAAGACGGCAUACCUUAAGUUUUAUUAUUUAAUUAAUUAGAUUGUUGUUGCACAUGAGGGGGACGGGGGUACUAAUUGUAAGCUUAGUGUUGUUUAGAGAGCCUUGAAAAGUCCAGAAAAAGCCAUAGAUCGACUAAAAGAAUUAUUUGAUUUAGCCUUCAAAUAUCCAAAUGAAAUCAUGAUUGUGAAACUUGAGAGUAAAUUAUUCUGCAAUACUCAAACUAAUGGGACAUAGGGAUGGGAUAGAAGCUUAAUUACCAAAAUGUUGCAUAGUUUGUUAUUAGAACUUAAAGGAGAUGAAAGAGCCAUAACAUUUUAAGAAAAUGAUCCUCCUACUUUAGGUUGGUGUAGGGAAAAUAAUAAGAAUAUAUUGAUUACAAUUGAACCAAGGGAAUAGGUGAUGGAUGACUUAUUACAAUAUACAUAUUAUUCAUAUAGAGUAAGUGCUCAAGUAGAUUGGGAAACCGAUCCAUUAGAGGAUGUUAAAACUGGAAAGGUAUAGCGAGGAGUAACAAAUAAGAAUGAUGGAUCGAUAUGGUCACCUUUUUUAGAAAUUCAUUUAAAUCCUGAAAAUUCUUUUAAGUAUUCAUUUCACCAUUUACUUAAGACCUGAUUACCAGUAUAGGACUAAAUAUAAUUUCUAUCAGCACGUGAAAAAACGGUUCUUACAAUAUUAUCACCAUUGCAGAAAGAUGCCUAACUUUGUUGUUGCUGAUUUUAUAGAUUAAGGGGAAGCUUCAAUGGUUGUGGAUAGUAUUAAUCAAAGCAUCAAUGAAAAUGACGGUUUUAAACCAGAAUUAUUUUGA